AGAGAGAGAUACAAAACCUCCAAGUACGUUUCAUCGAUCUUAAUUCAUCAAAAAUUUGUGUGAAGCUUUGAUCAAUAAUCAUGGAUUCUCGUCGAUCGUUAAUGUCCGCCACGGCGAGUCUGUGUUUGCUAUUGUCUAUCUUCACCACCUUCGUCGUGGUGUCGAACGGUGAGCUUCAGAGAUUUAUUGAGCCGGCGAAAAGCGAUGGUUCCGUUAGUUUUAUAGUCAUCGGAGAUUGGGGUCGUCGUGGCUCCUUCAAUCAGUCUAUCGUUGCUUAUCGGAUGGGAAAAAUUGGAGAGAAGAUUGAUUUAGAUUUCGUGGUGUCUACGGGAGAUAACUUCUACGACAAUGGAUUGUUUAGUGAACAUGAUCCAAACUUCGAACAAUCUUUCUCUAACAUCUACACUGCUCCAAGUCUCCAGAAACAGUGGUACAGUGUUUUGGGAAACCAUGACUAUAGAGGUGACUCAGAAGCUCAGCUGAGUUCUGUUCUCCGGGAAAUCGAUAGCCGUUGGAUUUGUCUUCGAUCAUUUGUCGUUGAUGCAGAGUUAGUCGAGAUGUUCUUUGUUGACACGACUCCAUUUGUGAAAGAAUACUACACAGAAGCAGAUGGUCACACAUACGAUUGGCGCGCAGUUCCAUCUCGCAAUUCUUAUGUCAAGUCUCUCCUCCGUGAUCUCGAAGUUUCCUUAAAGAGUUCUAAAGCAAGAUGGAAGAUUGUCGUUGGUCAUCAUGCAAUGAGAAGCAUUGGACACCAUGGAGAUACUAAGGAGCUCAACGAGGAGCUUCUUCCGAUUCUCAAAGAGAACGGUGUUGAUCUCUACAUGAAUGGACACGAUCAUUGUCUUCAGCAUAUGAGUGACGAAGACAGUCCUAUUCAGUUUCUAACUAGUGGUGCUGGAUCCAAGGCUUGGAGAGGAGAUAUUAACCCAGUGACCAUCAAUCCCAAGUCUUUGAAAUUCUAUUAUGAUGGUCAAGGAUUCAUGUCCGCUCGGUUCACUCACUCAGACGCAGAGAUUGUCUUCUACGAUGUCUUUGGUGAGGUUUUGCACAAAUGGGUUACUUCUAAACAGCUUCAUUCCUCUGUUUGAAGAUAAAAGCCUAAUAAAUUUGGCUUCCUUUG